UAGUAGGCGGUGGUGCGGCUCAGCUGGCGGUUCAUUCGAGUGGAGCUGUCGCUGCGGCCGCGUCGACGAGUUGAAGCUCCUGAGGAGGAGACGGAGCGAGGCGCGUUAAUGGGGAUCGUGUCUUCUUGGCGGCGAGUGACAGAUGCCGAUCGACUGAGAAGGAGGAGGGGGGUUAGAGGAAGAGAGACGCAGGGAGAAAGUGUCCGGCUCCGUGCGCCACUGUAGCUGCUACUGCUGCAGCUGCAGCAGCAGCUACACCACCGAUCCUGCUCCCUCCAACCCGUAACAGACUCUACGCUGCUGUCUAUUAUUAUACCAAAGUUGCACUCCUAGUAUACGCCAUACAACUCGUUUAUACUUUUUUUAACGCAACUAUACACACCACUCAUACUCUAUACACACAACUCAUACUCUAUACACAUACACAACUAUACACACCACUCAUACUCUAUACACACAACUCAUACUCUAUACACAUACACAACUAUACACAUACACAACUAUACACACCACUCAUACUCUAUGCACACAACUAUACAUCACUCUAUACACAACUGCUUCUAUACUCGCCACUAGUCAAUACACCCCUAGUGUACACCCUCCCUACUCUGUACAAUACUAUCAAAUACGUCCUGUCUAUAUACAACCCUGCUCCAUAGUCAUCUGUACACCCUCAGAUUCCCUACACGCCUUGUCCUCUCCCCUCUGCUCUCUCUCGCUCUGUCUACCCCCUUCUCGUCUGUCUCUGCCUCCUCUCCCGUGUGGCCCCCCGUGCCCCCCUUCUCGUCUGUCUCUGCCUCCUCUCCCGUGUGGCCCCCCGUGCCCCCCUUCUCGUCUGUCUCUGCCUCCUCUCCCGUGUGGCCCCCCGUGCCCCCUUUCUCGUCUGCCCGGGCCUCAUCUCGCCCCGCGAUGCCGAGGGCCGCAGGGGGACACAGGCCACUUGGCCAGAUGGUGUCGUCUGGCAGGCUCAGCGGACCCCCCAAGCACAAGGGCGGCAAGCGGAGGUCGAGCAGCCUGGGCAGGAGGGCCGUGUCGCCAGACUCGGGAUACUCGCUCUACUCCACCGAGUCCGAGGACCAGGUGGCUGUGAUUCACCGUGGCUUGGAUCGCUGCGCUGCUCUGCUCCAGGACUUCCUGCUCACAGAGCCCUCACGACCACAGGGGGCCAUGUCCCAGCAUCGCCCCGCCAAGUCCUCUGCCGGUGGCCCCUCAAGGCCCCGGGCUAAGAGGUCGCUGUCAAGGACGCGAGCGGACGGAGUCGGCAAGGCCCAUGCGGAGCCCCGGAGGACGAGCGCCCCCGCCAUCAAGAAAGAGACUUUGGCGGCUGGUGGGAGCACGGCGUUUAAUGGACGUCUCGCCUCCUCCACGCCCACGCUCGCCUCGCCGCCACGUGCCCCGCCACCCGCCCCGCCACCCGCCACCAAGCCCACAACGCCGCUUGCCACGCCAGGGCACUCGUACAACAGCAGUCCCCGAGCGAUCGCGAGCAGCGAGCGCGCGUACUCCGCCUACGUCCCCGUCUCCACGGCGACCGCCACGGUGACCGCGGCGACCUCUCCAGUUGCCGUGACGACGCCGGCCACGGCACCGCGCUGCAUGGCCCCUUCUCUCCUCCCGCCGACGUCCGAGGGUGGCGCGCCCUGGGCCGGGGGCCGCUGGGCUGACUUGGCGCGGGCUGACGGGGCCCAUGCGCGCUUCAUGGCCUUGCAGCCCGAGUGGGAGGCCCGAAUGACGACGGACGCCAGUGGGGAAGAGGACGUGCCCCAGGACAGGUUCCUGGAGCAAGCGGCGUGGGGCCACCGUGGCCCCGUGACGGCGCUUGGCGCCGACGGGAGAGCCGAGCGGGAUGGCCUGGACAACGACCGCGAUGACGUGGGCUCGGACCAGGCGGUGGCGGGGGGCACGCAGGCUGGUGGGGGGCACGGGGAGGCGGCGAGGAGAGCGGGAGCGGUGACGCGUGGCCUGGCGCAGCUGCGCGAGCUGCUUGCGCGGCAGGACGUGCGCGCGUGCGUGCACCUGCUGGCAGAGCUGGAGCACAGCGUGGUGCUGCUGGCGACAGCCCUGCCGGAGCCCGACCAGCAGGCGGAGGCAAUGCUCCCGCAGCCCACGGGGUCGCCGGGGUCACCGUCACGCACCCUGGCGCUCAUGCGAAGCGAGAACUCGGUGCUCCACCGGCGCGUGCAGACGCUGUCGCAGCAACUGAGGGAGAGGGAGCGGCCGGACCCUGGCUCGAACGCCGAGUUGGCGCACCUGCGCGCUGCGAACGCGGCGCUGCAGGAGCAGCUGAGCCGGAGUCGCGCGGAGACGCAGGCCGAGCGGGGGCGCCACGACCAGCUCUCCCGCCAGCUCGGCCGAAUAUGGGGGGGGCCGGGACCCGACGGCAGGGAGGGCGUGGGGGGCACGGAGGCGAGAGGACCCGAGAGCCUGGGGACGGCGCACUGGGAAGAGGAGGCAGCGCGCGUGCGUGAGGAGGUGGACGAGGCGCUGUGCUGCCUGCGCUCCGUGCGGGAGCAGCUGCAGGCGUCGCGUGAUGAGGCCGAGGGGCUCCGCGCGGCGCUGGUGCAGAGGGAGCAGGAGCUGCACUCGUUGCGCCAACUCUCAGCGACCCUGCAGGGCAGCAUGACGCGGCUGCUGUCGGAGCUGAGCAGUGACGUGCGGCCGGGCUCCUGCUCGCCCCCCAGCGUGGCACCGCCCCUCGCCCGCCCCACACCCGCACCGCAGGGCCCGCUCCAGCACCGGGCUCCCGGCUCUGCACGGCACUGGGAGAGGGGCAUGGGUGGCGCAAGUCACGGCGGUGGUGGUGGGGGGGGUCAGGGCCACUGGGACGUCAUGGGCAGUGCAGCUCACGGUGCUGGGGGUAACGAUGGCACGGGUCAAGGUGUCACGGUGGAGACCAGUAGGGGUUACGGUGACCGGGGCCAGGGUCACGGGGGUCAGAUUACACUCGAUCAGCCCUCGGGAGAAGCUCUGAGAGCGGCCGCUAGCUCAUCAACCUCCGUCACGACCGCCGCAGCCGCGGGCGCUGCGGCCUCGGGCGUCGUCGCCACGCAUCUGGACCGCUCGAGCACGCCGCUGUCCACCACCCACGACGACACAGACUACCUCGACCCCGCACCCGCCCGGCCCAUGGGCAGCGAGCCCCCGCCCUACCCUCCUCCCUUGCUUCCUGCUCCCCCGGCAGCCAAGUGGCCCUCGGCCGCGGGAAGCUACCCCGGCUCGGAGAUCGCGUCCCCCCUAGCGAAGGCGGGCGGUGGCGGCUGGGGCCCCCCGGGAGGGUCGGCGAAACGCUGGGCUGAGGCGGGGGGCGAGGAGGUCGACGUGGGGAGCGACGCGGGGAGUGAUGCGUGCCGCCCCCCUCCAGUGCUGCUGCCACUGCGGCCUCUGCCUGACUGGAGCUUCUCAUCGGUGGGCUCUGGGUCGCUAGCGUCGACGUCGACAUUCACGUCGCGCGACGACCACGCGUUCCGCCACGGCCUGGCCUCGCUUGAUGCCAGCAUAGCGCGGCUCCAGCAUGCACUCACGUCGCGCCUCCGGCCGUGAGUGAACACCGGUCCCCCUGAAAGGGAACGGGGUUUGUGCGCGAGUGCUCAAUGCAGUGUGUAGAUGUAAUUAAUGUACACAUUUUGUAUAUUGGUAAUGAAUGUUGGGUUUGUUUUUAAAUAAACGCCAAGUUUGAUCAAAAUUUAUAUUGGCACCUUGAUCAAAAGUGAAAUGAUCAUUACCAGACUUGGCGUUUUUAUUGUCUAAAAAAAUACUAAAACUAUUUCCUUAACCUGCAUCUGACUCGGUAACUUGAAUCACGUUGGGGCACACAGU